UGCGACCGGGAUCCAUCCGCCGAAAGGACCUACACCCACGUAUCUGCGGCUUUGCCGGGACGUCGGUCCGGAUCCUCACCUUCCGACUGCGACCCUAUGAAUUGACGUAAUCUGACAAUUAAUUAGAGUUGUAAAAAUCGGCACGCUCUGCUCUAUUGUUGGAAUUAGAGAUUUGGCGCGAAAUUGCGGUGGGGCGGAACAUUGCCCGCUUUAGUACUAAUACUGUGGGGAGGUUUUUUACCGACCACACCUACCGGGGAAGCGGCAUGUGGAUGGGUGCAUAGAAAUUUGUCGGCAUUGGCUAAAAAAUGAUUUUCUCUACACCUUUUUACUUGGACAACUUGUGACUCUUUUAGAUAGCUACGCAUUCUUAUCUUGACAGCUUAUUUCAACGCAGGCUAUUCAUAUUUUUUCUCUUUAGAAAAGGUAGUUUUUUCCCCAACUGCGAAAAUGCUUCAAAGUUUUACCCCGACGCACGACUGGGACUGUGAUUCGGAGCCGCUGCUGUUUGAUGAGGAGUUUUGUCAGAUACUUCUAAAGGAUCUGCAGAUGCUCCCCACGCCGCCCCAGUCUCCACCUACAAAGACCGGGCUCAUCAAGCCGUGGUCCAAGGUUGACCAGCUAGAGUUCGUGUCGGAGCUGCUUUUGGAGGAUUUCAGCUGGGACCGCGAUGUAGAAGCCGCAGACGCCGGCGGGAGCGAGGAGCAACGUUCACAUGAGUCCGAGGACUGCUUGUGGCGCUUUGGCGGUGAGAAAUCCGCGGAUGAAAAGCUGUCGACCGUGCUGUCCACCAGCCCUCUUCUUUCGGACAUUGAUACCACCAUUUUCGAGGAGAUUGCCGGUUCCACGCUUCACUGCCACGACGUGGCGCUAGAGUGCCGAUCUCUGGAGGACCAGGAUUUAUUCGAGGACAGCAGGGAGCAGAGGGAAUCCUCCUCUGAUUUCAGUUCCAUGUCCACGGGGAGUGAAUCAUCUACUAGUGAUUCUGAAGAUGAAAUAGAUGUUGUAACAGUGAAGCGGCCCGGCGCCGUCUUGCGGGCACAGCAGGCAGAAGACCGCGCACGGCGGCGAGCCAUCAAACGCCGCCACCAGGAGAUACAGAUGCAGCACAAUUAUGCAGCCCCGUGCCCGGCAUCGCCACGCCGACCUGAGGCCGCCCCCCUCCAGCAGAAGCGGACGCGGGGCGAGGCACAUCGGCAGCCCUUCCCCGUGGGACGCACGCGGGGCUCCGUGGUGCGGCAGGCGGCCGAGAUGGAGGAUGAAGAGGAGCGGAGGAGGACGCACAACGUGAUGGAGAGGCAGCGGCGCAACGAGCUGAAAAACUGCUUCCUGCGGCUGCGCGACCACGUCCCAGAGCUGUCGCACAACGACAAGGCGUCCAAGGUGGUGAUCUUAAAGAAGGCCCGAGACAGCAUCCGCAGCCUGGAGGCUGAGAGCCAGAGACUGUGUGCUAGGCAGGACAGGCUGGCACAGAAACAAGAGCAGCUCAGACGCAGACUGGAGCAGCUGAGGUAGUCAUGAGACAGGCAUGUGGACUUUAUAGAGGGCUCAAAAAGACUUUGUGUGUAUGUGCUGUUCGCACACGGCAAGGACCAGUGGAAGCUCCUGGGUGAUAAGCUUUGGCCCUCCCACUGAUCGUUACUGAAAAGCAGUGUGCUUGAGGUCUCCCCCCCCCCCCCCCAUUCAAGUUGGGACGCACACUAGUGUCCGGUUUUGAUUCUCAUUUCACAGUUGCCAAAGACAUUUAGUUUUAAUUCCCAAACCGACGUGGUCCACCAUUUCAGUGGUUUACCAUUUUUAUUUUGAUCCAAUCAAGGUGAGAGUGUGUUGAGUUUGUAAACUCACACUUUUUUUGUAUGGUGAUCAUUUUCUCCCUUCCAGAUGAGUGUGUAUCUGUAUAACUUUAUUAUUUUGUAUUUUUUUUAUCGACCAUUUCCUGGGGAGAACUGAUAUAAUGAGAAUGUAUAGUAGUUUUUAUUUACUGGGUGGAUUUCUCUCACAUGGUCAUUCCGUCCAGUUAGAUUAAUAUUUGUGUCCCAUAUUUGAAUAUUUUGACUGUUUGGCGUUGCCCCCUUUUCUGGGUGGUGUUCCUCUUGCACCUUGACGGGAAGUGUUCAGUACAUGUACUGUCUACCUCAGUUACUUUUUUGCUUUUGUAAUAAUACUUGUAUAAAUAUUUUUUAAUUUACUGAUUUUUUUUUUUUUUUUUUUUUUUUGUUAACUAUUAUAUUACUAGGGUUCUAUUUUAAAAUUUUCAGUAUCUUUCCUUUCUGGUAUUUGCAAUAAAAUUGAACCAGAAAAA